UUGUACAUUUGCCCUUUUCUUGUUCCGCAUUCAAAAAAUUCUUCUCCCUCACUUUUUCUCUUGCUCAAGCAACCACUUUAAUGCACCUCUUUUUUGCCUUUAUCAACUAUUCACUACUCCUCUGAAAUGAAGCAUAUACUAUGUUUCUUCUUGUGCUUACUUUACAUCAUGGCAGAAAUUGGCACAAUUUCAGGGACACAAUCUUUAGCUCCAUCAACGUUAACACGUCCGAUGAACUCGAACCUUGAAAUCAGCCCAACGUUAACGAUCAUACUUGCUUGCCUCGUAUUAUUCUUGAUGGCGGUUGUCUUCGUAUAUAUUCGUCGAAUGAGCCCUGAUUCAUUCGACGAAUCAUUGGGUUUUCAUUUCAUGCGUCACAGACCUACAGUUUCCCGUGGACUCGAUUCCAACAUCAUUAAAAGUUUCCCAAUAUUUCGCUAUUCCGAUGUCAAGGCCCUAAAAUUGGGCAAAUCCAUCCUGGAAUGCGCUGUUUGUUUGAAUGAAUUCGAAGAUGAAGAAACUCUCCGUCUUCUUCCGAAUUGUUAUCAUGUUUUUCAUCUUGAAUGUAUCGAUGCUUGGCUCGCCUUUCGUACAACUUGUCCUGUCUGCCGAGCGAAUCUCAAGAAAAAACUGGGUGAAGUAAGAAAAUUGGUUCAACAAACCGACACAAAUUCGGUUACAUCACAUCUAGACAUAGAAAGGAGCGAAACAGUACUAGAUAUUCAGGUGACUGAUGUCGGUCCACAAGAGGUAAUAAACACAUCACCUCAAACAUCUAUUCAUAGUCAUAAUAUUCCAAAUUGUAGUCACGCGGCAAGUAAAACACCCGAUUUUCGACACGUUGCACCAAAAUCGACACCUAGAAGACCGAAAAUUUUGGGAAUGUUUAGUCGAUCUCACUCUACGGGUCACUCACUGAUUCAACCCGGUCAAAAUUACGAGAGGUUUACUCUAAGGUUACCAGAUGAUGUACAAAAGGGAUUGGUGGAUUUAAGCUUAAAUAGGGCAUACAAUAGUGAAGCCUUAUUAUCUCUAGAGAGGAGUUCAACCAAAGGGUACCGGUUUGAACCCGGUUCAUCAAAGAAUUCGUUGAAGUCAGUUAAGUCGCCGUUAAGUUUGUUUUGUGGAACGGAGAAAGAUGAUACAGGAGAAAGGUCUUUUACUUAUUUAAGAUCUAAUGCUUCUAGUUAGGUAGUACUUAAUUUUCCAUCUUUCUCACUUUUCUUUUACUUUAUAUUUAGCCAAAGAUUCUUUAUCAUAUAAUUAAUAUAUUGUAUAUAGUGAGUGAUUGGAUAUA